CGCCUGGACACACAGAGGGGAAGAGGCGGAGCUCCACACAGGGCGCCAGGUGCAUCCCAGAAAAGAUGGUUUCCAUAAAGACGUUACAGCCUGAGGCUGAGGCCGCCGCGGAGAUCAGAGAGAGACGCUACAGAUGUUCCAGCUGUGGUAAAAUGUUCUACCAGCUCAGCCACUUAAAGAAACACCAGUUCAGUCACACAGAGGAGAAACCAUUCAGCUGCCAGGAGUGUGGGAGAAACUACACGUCUGCAGAGAGCUUCAGAGCCCAUCAGAUGAGUCACCGUGGGGAGCGUCCCUUCUCCUGUCCUCACUGUGAGAAGACGUAUGGCCUGAGGAGGGACCUGAAGGAGCACAUGGUCCUGCACACCGGGGAGAAGCCCUACUCCUGUGAGCACUGUGGCAAAGCGUUCGGCCGCCGCCCCUCGCUCCGCGUCCACCGCCUGCUUCACUGCAGCAGGAAGAUCUACACGCAGCCUCCCAAGGUGCCGUGCACGCUCUGCCCCAAGCUGCUGGCCAGCUUCAGCUCUCUGAGGAGCCACAUGAAGCUCCACUCAGGAGAGAGGCCUCACGUGUGUCAGACCUGUGGGAGGAGCUUCAGUCAGAAAGGAAACCUGGAGUGCCACUUGAGGAUCCACAGUGGAGAGAAGCCUUACCCCUGCUCCCAGUGUAACCAGAGCUUCUCCCAGAAACCAGAGCUGCGCCGGCACAUGAUGGGCCACACGGGUGGAGGCUUCCUCUGCAGCUACUGUGGGAAGUCCCUGAGGGACCCUCACAGCCUGAAGUCCCACGAGCGCCUGCACACUGGAGAAAGACCUCAUCGCUGCCCCGUCUGUGGAAAAGGUUACACGUUGGCCACCAAGCUGAGGAGACACAUGAAGUCCUCUCACGUGACGGAGAAGCCGUUCAGCUGCCACUGUGGUGCGUCCUACACCGUGAGACAGAGUCUGCUGAGGCACCAGGCUCAGCACCGGAAGGAGGGAGGAGCUCCGGAGGAGGUGGAAGAGGAGGCAGGACACAGGGAGGAGACGGACAGCAGCUGGAACGAUGCCACUUUAAACUCAACUCACCAGAAGCCAAUCAGAGGCCGACCCAAGAAGAACCCCCUCCCACCAGAGGCAGGGGAGACGGAGGCUGCGGAGGUGAAGCAGAGAAAGGGAAGAGGGGAGGAGAAGGAGGUGAGGCAGGGAGGAAGGAGUGUUGAAGAGGACCACACUUCAAGAGGAGGAGAUGAGGAGGGUAACAUCCAGCACGCCCUCGUCUACGCAGACCACCUGUCAACGCCAAGCUCCGCCCCUCUGCUCCUCGCCUCGGAGAACUCCCUGCCUGCAGGGGCGGGGCCGGAGCUGGUGGAGGUGGUGAUGUCAGAGGGCACAGAGCAGUGCAUUGUGGUCCACGGGCAGCAGGCGGGAGGAGAGCUGCUGAUCUUACAGGAGGAGGAGAGCGGACUCUGCUCGGUGGCUCAGACUGUGGAGAUAAACAGCGUGUAGAACUUUCCUUGUUUGUCUUUCUCCUCCUUAAAGACCUGAGACUCCAGUGUCCACCUCCUCCUGCUGCUCAGGCUGGAGCUGGUGUCCAGGCUUCAUCUUCUUCUCCCCCUGAUAGUAACUGAGUGACCUGGUGGCUCCAUGUUGCUCUUUACUGCCGGGUCCUGACUGGGCUGACUGGGCUGACUGGGCCUGGCGGGUCAGGCUCCCCUCCAGGUCUGGAUCCAGGAGGGGAGCAGUGGGUUCUCUUUCUGGAUGUGGCUCUUUGCCUGGCCUCCCGUUCUGCUGUGGCCUUCAGCUUUCAGUAGAUGAUGAUAGGAAACAGGAGAAGGUCCUUCAGAGAACCAGGGACCUGACCUGUUGGAUUAAAUGUUGCUCCCAGAACACAGAUGAUGUGAAACUCAUCCCCCCCCCCCCCCCCCCAACCGAUCUCCUAAGAACCCGCGAGGAGAUGCUCACGUAAAAGGCAAAUAUGUCACAUGACUGCAAAGAUGAAUAAUUAUCAUUAAAAGAGAAUAAUAAGAUUACAGUGUGUCACAGAGUCGACUAAUUAUAAAUGACAUGUCACGUGACUGUGCAAGAACAAAGAGCAGAACGUUAAUUAGAACCAAAUGAUCCGGUUCCCUGCUGGAGACGGGUCUGGAGAUUCUACUGCAGCAUUGUGUCCUGCCUCCAGGAACAUCCCAUAAUCAAAGACUGUAAAGUAAGAGCAACCUGAGGGAAGAACAACGAGACGAGUUCAACAUCCGUUUCUCUGCUGCUCUGGGAUCAGGCUCUUUAGACGAAGGCUGAGAAGCUUCAUCGCCUGCUGAAGACGAACAGGAGGACAGAAACCCAGCAUCUGGAGAAGAGCGUCCAGGAUCAGCCGGGUCUAGAAGCUUCAGAUGCUGUGAACCUCACAGAUCCAGACUAGAAGAGGAGCUCCUCCAUACUGUCAGUGUUUCUGUGUCUCACCUCCUGCUGGAGAAGAAUCCAGGAGGUUCAGCUCUGAUAGGAUGAUGAUCAAAUGCUUCAGUCUUUAUGAAACUGUUUACUGUAAACUUCUCACAAAUACAUUUUCAACGUGA